AUGAACUGCCAGUUCACAUUCGGUCCAAACAGGUCGUACUUCUGUAGCGCCGAUAGCUACUAUGUCUGGAGCCAAGGAAGCAUCCCAACGAGUCUUCAGCGAAUUCUUCAGGAUCACCGGCAUCCUCAAGCAAUGGCCACGCCAUACGAUGUCGCAUUUCCGAUGGAACCUGACGCGUACAGUUUGUGUUGGAGAACAACAAGAGGCGAAUUGUGUUCAGAGGCUUCGCAAUUGGCUUCUCAAUACAGCCGAAUAACACGAUUCCUCCGUACCUCCACCACCACCUACAAUGUCCCGACUACCCGCACGGUAUUUGGACCCAAUGCAUCCUUCUUCUCCAUGUCUCAGCGCGGUUAUUCGUGGCAAAAUCUUCCCCACCCCCUCGAAGAAGACUUGCAAACCUCGUUACGAAUCCGGCGACCAACUAGCAUUGCAUUAGGUGCUCACGGCGCAUAUGUCGCACUCUACAACGAUGGAACCGUCAAUUUCGAUCUGCGUGGACUGUACCCACUUGUCGACGCUAUCAUUCGCGACACGCAAGAGGCAACCCGUCGAAAGGGCAUUCUCUACCUAUCCCUCAACCCACACGUUCCAGGCGAAUUUUAUCUGGUCUUCGGGGACGCCUCCGCAAAGUGGAAUAUACCUUCCGCUUGGACAUCAGAUGUCACCAGCGUCAGUCGCGAAAUCAAGCCCAUCGAGAUGAGCUCCCCUCCAGCCAGUCUCUUCAAUGUAUCGACGGGUGGGACAGCUCCAAGAUUAUCUUCGCCUACCACAGUUAACGAGCCCCGGCCGAUCUCGCCUGUCUCCUCUGUCAUCUCUGCACCUUCAAACCACACGGAGAAUAGCACUUCGUCUUCAGGUUAUGCAACCCAGGCUACCCCCCAAAUAACAACCACUGUCGAGACGGAGGCCCCACCCGCAUAUGCACUCAUGGCCAGUCGGCCUUCCUCACCCUCCAUCUCAUCAUCCCAGUCACAUUCAUUGCCCACUCUCCACCAACAAUUUGUGCGUAAUCCCACCAACUCAGGCGACCGUCCCUACUCGUACACCCCUGCUUCACCAUCACAAUGGCCCUCGUUGGCUUCGGCGUCCUCUUCUAGCCCGAUGUCUGUCCAUUCGGCCCCAGAGGCUUGGCCCGGUGAUGUCAAGGGUUCCACUACUCCAGCCAAAUUUCGCGUUACCAAUCCUGGCGAGUCCAGUUUUAUGACGAAUGGAGCGGUAAGCUCCUCCAGCGGGCAACAAUAUAGUUCGCUUGGCUUUGGAGGAAUGAGCGGAGUUGGAGACAAGGGAUAG